CUCUCCAUCUCUACGGACACACACAAACACACACUCCCUUCCCCUAGCCUUUUUGCUCAUUCUAUUCUCCUAUCUCACUGCCAACCAAAGCUAAGCUAAGCCCUCUCUGCCAUGGAAAACCACGAUCAUCAACACUGCUACGAAUCCCCUCAAAACCCAUCUCCCUCUACCACCACCACUACCAUCACUGCUCCCACCUGCUGCAAAUGUGGAGCCGCUGCCGCCUUCAACCCUCCUCCGGCAUGGUCUGAUAUCUCUCCUCCCCCAAACUACCGUCCUAUUCGAGCUCCGGCUAUCAACCUCCCUCCCAACCAAUCUCAACAAGCUAUAAUACUCGCCCCAGUUCCCCAAGCCCAGAGGGUCCCCGUCGCAACGCCGCCCUUUCAUUUCCAAACCCCGUCGAAGCGAAUUCAAUCCCCUGAAGACAUCGACCAAUUCCACGAAUCCUUUGCCGGGAAGAACUUCCUGGGUUUCGUCGUCGCUCUCUCGGAGUCCAUCCGCGGCCGCAAGAUUUCCGACCCGUGUCACCAAUCCCCAAUCACGGACUCCAUUGUCUCCAUUCUGGAAACCCUAAUCCAGUGGGUCGACGAGAUCCCGCCAGCCCAGAUGGCAUCGCGGUACGGAAACGUCUCGUACAGGGUUUGGCAGGAGCGAUUGGUGGAAAACAGUGAGACCCUAAUGCUCCGAUUCCUCCCCGAUGAACUCCGAUCGUCUACGGUCGAGAUCAUCCCUUACUUCACCGAUAGUUUUGGGAAUUCCAGCCGUAUCGACUAUGGCACUGGCCACGAGACCAAUUUUGCGGCGUGGUUGUAUUGCUUAGCGAGGUUAGGAGUGAUCAAGGAGGAGGAUUAUCAGGCAGUAGUGGUCAGAAUCUUCGUCAAGUAUAUGACUCUGAUGAGGAAAUUGCAGAUGGUUUAUUUCUUGGAGCCUGCUGGUUCUCACGGGGUUUGGGGUCUCGACGAUUAUCAUUUCCUUCCCUACAUUUUUGGGUCGUCUCAAUUGAUUAACCACAAGUACAUGAAGCCCAAGUCGAUUCAUAAUGACGAUAUAUUGGAGAACUUCUCCGGUGAGUACCUUUACCUUGCGUGCAUUGCAUUCGUCAAGAAGGUGAAGAAGGGUCCUUUUUCAGAGCACUCGCCAUUGCUGGAUGAUAUCAGUGGAGUGCCUAAUUGGAACAAGGUGAACAGUGGUUUGCUUAAGAUGUAUAAAGUGGAGGUAUUGGAGAAAGUCCCCAUUAUGCAGCAUUUUAUCUUUGGUUGGCUCAUUAAAUGGGAGUAGUUGGUUUGCAGCGAGGUAUCUUUUUGUGGAUGUGGAAACAAAAAGUAGUAAUUCUAUUUGUGGUUUCAUGGAGGAUACGAGUUUAUGUUUAACUUCUAAGGACGCAGUUAUAAUUAUAUUAUAUUAUUACCUCAGUAGUUCUUAUACUACCUAUUUUCUUUGGUCAAAGUUUUUAUGAUCUUUGAUUCGAUGGUUUAAUGGGCAGUUUGCCAUUAAUGUACUACUAGUGCUGCUGCUAUAAGUGCCUUCUUGACGGAACUUCUGGGGCAUGCUCUUUUGCACUGUAAAGAUGUUGUAUAACUCUUUUGACUAACUCCUCGAAUUGACCAACAGUUUCUUAGCA